UUGUCCCUAGGCGACGAGAACAAGAUCAUAAUCGGAGCUUCGGGGGCGAUUCCAGCAUUAGUGGAGCUGCUGGAGCAGGGGAGCAGCAGAGGGAAGAAAGAUGCGGCGUCGGCAUUGUUCAACCUGUGCAUCUACCAAGGGAACAAAGGCAGGGCGGUGCAAGCCGGGAUCGUACCGGCGUUGCUCCGAAUGCUGACCGAUUCGAGAGGGGUGGCAAUGGUGGACAAGGCAUUGUCGAUACUGUCGGUGCUAUCGAGCAAUGCUGAAGCGAAAGCGGCGAUCGUGAAGGUGAGCACGAUCCCGGUGCUGAUCGAUCUGUUGAGGACCGGGCAGCCGAGGGGGAAGGAGAACGCGGCGGCGAUAUUGCUGUCGCUGUUUUUGGAGAAGAAGGAAAGGCUGUGA